AACUGCAACCUGCUCUCGUGCUCUAGGGGCUGCAGGGAGGCAGAGCACAUGGCAAAAAUAUUUUUCGAACGAGGCUCCUUUAAAUCCGGGGGAUUACGGUGUCAUAGACAAGAGGAGCCUGUGUACUUCCUGUUCUGUCAAUUGAAUGGGAUACACGGAAUUCGUGAGUGUGUAUGUAAUAGCGAUAACGAGGGGGAAGGGAAUAUGAACUGAAGGUACACACUUGCCGGAUAAUGUGAUAAUGCUCUGAUCACAGUGGAGUGAGAAUUUACCCAAGAGAGAAGGAGAUAUAAUAGGCAGUCCCACUCCAUCACAAGGUCCUUUAUGCAAGUUGUUUACUGGCUGCGCCCCUGCCCUUCACCAUGACUCUCCUAACCCACGUGCUGGCAUGUCUCUUUGGCAUGGGCUCCUGGGUGGCCAUCAACGGGAUGUGGGUGGAGCUGCCCCUCAUAGUGCCCGAAAUCCCAGAGGGUUGGUACCUGCCCUCUUACCUCACUGUGCUCAUCCAGAUGGCCAAUGUGGGGCCCCUUUUCGUCACCCUCAUGCACCGCUUCCGCCCGGGCAAGCUGGACGAGCGGCCUGUCAUCUACUCCAUAGUGGGCCUGGGCGUGGUCGCCACCUUCCUCCUGGCCUUCUUCUGGAAGCACACAGUGUCCCUAGCGGGCGCUACGCAUAGUGUCCCCCUCCUAGUGCUCUGUUUCCUACUCUCUGUGGUGGACUGCACCUCCUCGGUCACCUUCCUGCCCUUCAUGAUGCGCCUCGGGCCCCAGUACCUCACUACGUACUUUGUAGGGGAGGGCGUUAGUGGCUUGGUGCCUGCCAUAGUGGCUCUGGUGCAGGGGGUGGGGGUGGUUCACUGUCGGAAUGCUACAGUGGCUAGCUUAGCCAAUGGGACCUUAGGGAUUAACUCCACGGUAGGGGCCAGUGGAGAGCUCCAGGCUCAAUACCAACCCGCUAACUUCUCGGCCCAGGUCUUCUUCCUCUUCCUCAGUGCCAUGAUGGUGGUGUGUCUUGCCGCCUUCCUCUUGCUCAACCACCACCCGGCCGUGGCCAGGGAGAGGAAGCGCGAGCACUACUUCAACAGAGGCCUGGCAGAGGAGAAGAGUGACCAAGCCCUGUCCCUGUCUCACAGACCUCAAGAGGAGAAGCCCAUGAUCAGUUCUCCGGAUAUCCACCGGAGAGCCCGGCGGAGCUCCUUUGGGACGGGCUUCUACAGUGGGCCGGAGGUGACGUUCAUCUUUGUGGUUCUGGCCUGGGUCAAUGCCCUGACCAACGCAGUGCUGCCCUCAGUGCAGUCUUACUCCUGUCUGCCCUACGGGAACCAGGCCUACCAUCUGGCGGCCACCAUGGCAGCCGUGGCCAACCCCGUGGCCUGCUUCAUCGCCAUGUUCCUGCCCUUAAGGUCGUUGGUGCUGAUUGGGCUUCUGACAAUAGUUGGGACAGGGUUUGGUACUUACAUCAUGGCCAUGGCUGCACUGAGCCCCUGUCCUCUACUGGUCCACAGCGUCUCAGGCACCGCACUCAUAGUGAUCGCCUGGAUGUUGUUUGUCCUGACCCUCUCCUAUGUGAAGGUGAUCAUUGGGGUGAUCCUUCGGGAUGAGGGCCACAGUGCCCUCGUGUGGUGUGGAGCAGUAGUACAGCUUGGCUCCAUGCUGGGUGCCCUGUCCAUGUUUCCCUUGGUCAGUGUCUAUGGACUCUUCAAAUCAGGGGACCCUUGUAACACCAUGUGCACAAAGUAGGGAUCAAGAUGUGGCUUACUGUUGAAACUCACUGUAGAAAACAAUAAUUGUUGACACUGGAAAUGUGUAUAUUUCAUCAUGUGAGUUUGUCUCUUUAAACUGAUUUUGACGUAUCAACUCUGUUGCCAAAUCAAUUAAAUAUCUCCCUAUGGUUGCGGAAGGAUCUCUUUGAAGCACAUCCUCAGAUUAGAAACUAAAUGGCACCAAACCAUUUGUGUUUGUUUUCUGUUGAAUAAAGUUGAAAAACAUAGGGUCUUAAUUUAAUCACCUUGAUGCAAGAUAGCUUUUUCUGCAAUGCAGGAUCUAUAAAACGUGUAGUGUAUUUGAGGUUUAAGGCUUCUGAAGUUUGCAAUUUCCACUUUGACAUUUUCCGACUUAAUUUUCCCUUGUGAAAAUGUUUUCAUUCCCUAUAAAAUGUUGCAUGAAUUAUAAUCCACAUAAUAAUUCACGUUUCCUGUUGCUGCAGGAUUAUUUUCCUGCUGUUGCAAGCUGGCUCAAAUUAAGAUCUGAAAUCUGUAAAGUGUGGGAGGCCAACUUUUAUUGUUACAAAGACCACAAAUAUGAUAAUAUUUAAUUGCUAAGCUUUUUUGCAAUUCUUCUUUAAAAGAAGCUGAAUGCCUUGGAAUAUGUUACAGAGACAAAACAGUGCCUUCAUUUGGGAGUUUCUAGUACUGCAAAUGUCAACCAAAAGGUCAUUUAUGUUUAUUCUUUAUCAGUCUAUGUUUAAUGUAUUUUUUUUCCCAAAACCAAAAUUUGUCUUACAUGCUUUGUAUACGACCUUACUGCAGUCAUAAUGUAUGGCUCGAGUCAAUUAAAAUGUAUACAUAAAAAAAAAAA